AUGGGAUUGAUCACCUUCACCUACGCACAGUUGCAGAGAGGGAACACCACAAUUGUGAUGGCGAGGUUUGAAGUGGAGACGACUCUGGAUGCAAUACAGAGGUACAAGGUAACACACCUUUACACUGCACCGCCUGUUGUGGUGGCGCUGGUGAAACAGUCGGCGGUUGUCAGAAGGUACAACUCCUCAUCGUUGCAGGAGAUUGGGACCAGUGCAACACCUUUAAGCAAGGACACCAUGGAUGAAUGCUCCAAAAAUUUUCCUCAAGAAAAGAUGUUACAGUUCAAUGAAGAAGCACGAUCUCCCUUUGUGAAGAAGUUUAAAACCAUUGUUCAUCCUGGAGAGGUAAACCGCAUCAGGGAGCUUCCUCAAAACAACAAAAUAGUAGCAACACACACAGACAGCCCUGAUGUCCUAAUUUGGGAUGUUGAAGCUCAGCCCAAUCGCCAUGCUAUCCUUGGAGCCACAGAGUCGCGUCCUAAUCCUUGGAGCCACAGAGUCGCGUCCUACCCGUUCGGCUAA